AUGGGAAAUCUGUUUGCAAGUAAAAAGAAAGUUUCCAGAGUUACUGAACAGGACAAAGCAAUUCUUCAACUGAAGCAACAGAGAGACAAGCUGAAACAAUAUCAAAAGAAAAUCACUGUCCAGCUUGAACGUGAUAGAGAAGUUGCAAGGGCUUUACUGAAAGAUGGAAAGAAAGAAAAAGCAAAGCUGAUACUAAGGAAAAAGAAAUUCCAAGAGAGUCUACUAACCAAAACUGACGGGCAGCUGGAGAAUAUUGAAAGACUGGUACAUGACCUAGAAUACACUCAAGUGGAACAGGAAGUCAUCAAGGGCUUGCAGAUCGGAAAUGCUUCAUUAAAAAAAAUACAUGAGAUUCUUUCUCUUGAAGAUGUGGAAAAGAUUAUGGAAGAAACAAAAGAAGGCAUUGAAAAGCAGAGAGAAAUUGAUGAGUUGCUGUCUGGAGGUUUGAGUGCUGAAGACGAAAGUGAUGUCCUAGCAGAACUGGAUGAGAUUGUCAAGCAGCAAACCGAAGAUGAGGAGAGUAUUGUAUUGCCAGAUGUGCCAACUGGAUUAAUUGGAGAUAAAGAGCUGCAACCAGAAGCCAAGAAGAUCAAGAAGGUGGCAGUUCCAGCCUCUUGA